AUGGGUUGUCACAAGGCUGCCCAUGAUUGGAGACUGCUUAAAUCGCCAUCCAGGAGAAUACCCAGCUCUGGAGCUGUAGGAGCAUCUGCACCAGCAGACUUCGACAGGAUUUCUGGCGAGCUCUCAUUCUGCGAGGCUCGUUCUUUUGGGUGCUCCAUCUUCAUUUACAUCACGUUAACAAAAAUGUUAACUUUUAGGGAAGCCAUUAAUUUUGUUACAGCAUUUGCGGGGGCAGAUCCCACCUUUCAGACGGUGGUGUCUAAGCUUGCAGAGACUGUGACAAUGAGCGCUCUGAUAACAACCUCGGUGCAGAAAUCUCUGCUGGCCGCCUGGAUGAGCAUUGCCUGGUUUUGCCACUUCAUUGGCACUGCCAAGCGUCCAGGUUUAAAUGAGCAAGGAGUGGUUGUAGACAAAGAAACAAAGAAUGAAAUAAAUGAGGUUCCUUUCUUUGAUGUCCAGCUGCCUUAUGAACUGGCACUGAAGAUAUUUCAGUACCUGGGCAAGAGUGAAUUGGGAAGGUGUGCUCAGGUCAGCAGGACAUGGAAAAUACUUGCAGAAGAUGAAGUGUUGUGGUACCGCUUGUGCCAACAGGAAGGAUAUCUAUUAGAUACAAGCAUCUCUGAUCAUUCCUGCUGGAAGCUCGCCCUCAAGAACUGCCGUACCAGAGAGCGCACUUUGAAAACCAACUGGAAGAACCGCAUUGGUGCUGUGAGCCAGCUGCAAUAUGAGGUGGGAAAAAUUCUUUGUGAUGUACAUUCUUGUGACGGAGUUGUUAUUGCUGGAUAUACAUCAGGAGAAGUGAGGUUGUGGGACACUCGCACCUGGGACUACACAGCCCCCAUCCUGGAACCAGUGCAUGGUCCUGGUGAUGCUGGACCUCAGCCACAUGUCUCCUUUGUGAGGAUAAACAGCUCUCUGGCUGUAGCAGCUUACGAGGACGGAACUGUUAGUGUGUGGAGCCUGAUGUUCGGGCGGGAGCCAAUCCAUCAUUACCAGCACAAUCAGAGGAUACAGGCUUUAGCUCUUGGUUCAGAGGGUGCAACGGUAGCAACGGCAUCUGGCUUCGAGGUCAAAGUGGAAAGCCCUAAUGACAGAGGAUUCUGGCGAACUACAGAAACAUUUGAAAUCCAGAAAUUGGUCAACUUCCUUAAUCUGGUUCCAGAUGUUACGGGCAGCCCAGUGACAGUAGCAGCUGCAGAAGACAUCGUCUAUCUCCUGAAAGUAGAAGAUCCUGGCAAAAUCCUCCAUUCUGUCUAUGGUCAACCUGUCACAUGUCUCGAUGUGUCCGCUCAUGAAGCGGCCUUUGGGGUCAAAACCUUUGGCUGGUUAUUGAAUGAGCCCAACCAGAUUCUUCUUUACAAUCUGGAAACAAGUCAGUGUCUAAAGAAGAUGGGCAACUCGAUAGGUGACUUUACGUGUGUCAACCUCCAGAACAGCCCUCCAAACAUGCUCGUUACGGGCAAUAAGGACAGAAGGGUCAGGGUAUUCGAUCUCCGCAAAAGCGAAUCUUUGUGCUCCCUCUAUGCCCACCAGUUAGGAGUGUCUGCGGUCCAGAUGGAUGACUGGAAGAUCGUCAGUGGAGGAGAAGAGGGCUUGGUCUGCGUGUGGGACCAACGGAUGGGCACCAAACUCUGGGAAAUGCACGCUAGACAUCCAGUCCGCCAUGUAUGGUUUAAUUCUCAUAGCCUCAUCACUGCAAACAUCCCCGAUGAGAAAACUCCCCGAGGCGCCAGCAUCAUGGACGAUGACCUUACCAUGCACCGCAAGCAUCGAGGAAUCAUUUAUGCCUACGAGUUCUCAGUGGACCAGUUGGCUGUAGAAAGCGUCCUUCCUAUUUGCCGUUCUUCCUACGAUGAAGUGACUGGUUACAACUACAACAUUGGCCUUGCAGUUCCCUAUGAUAACAUUUAGGUAACUCACUUUACUUGGCUUCUGUGGUCCAGCCCUCUGCCAAGUACAUGGCCAAAGGCAAAUAGGAGAUCCGCGUGGGACACGUGCCAAAAAGACGGCGUUGGCUGCAGGCACAUCAAAUGGGCUGAGCAUUUGCUGAAAACUUGGGGAUAUGAACCGGAACAGAGAGUAUGGCUGCCCUCGAGCAUAUCACUAAAAUAUGUUGCUGCGCAAGUGUUCAAAGGCCCACUGUGGUAGAACGGAGAGACUGAAGAGUAAAGGGGAACAGUACACUUCAGUGUAAACAAAAAUGUUCUUUCCUGCUGCUUGCGGGAAAAACACUGCUGAUCCCAUCUUGGCAGAAGGACAUGGUCAAGAAGCGAGAGCCCCGAGUGGCAAACUGCUGAAGUGGUUGGGAGGCAGGGAGCGCGCUGGGGGCAGUGGGGGGAGGGAAACCACCAAGAACUUGGAAAAAGCAUCUUGCCAAGGCACAUGUUUGAAACUUCUUCCCUUGUAGUGAGCUGCUCAUUCUUCUUUUCCUUGGAGUGCAUCGGAAUGUGUCUAGGAACAGGAACAUGCACAAAAGGUUACGGUGGUUGGGAGAGUGGGGUAUGGUGGAGAGAGGGAGGGGAAGGUUGGCCUUGGCCAGGCUGGAUGCUUGCAAACUCAGCAGGCUACAGACAUCAAAAUUAUUUUAAAAUUAAUUAUUUUUUUAAGUCUAAAAUUCUGGAUUAAAUGUUUUCUAAUUGUGAAUGUGCAUAUGUGUGGGGGUUUUUUGUUUGUAAGUCUUUUAGGGUGAACUAACCCCUGUGUGCUGGAGCACAGGCUGUCAUGUCUCGGGUUAGUUGUCAGGUACGUUCUUUGCUAGAUCAUGCCCUUCUACAGCACUGGCAGAUUUUCCCCAGGUGGCUGGGACCUGGGUUUCUGACACUGCCCUUGCUUCUGCGCUGGGAAUUGAUCACAUUGGUGUAAUGAAACAGAAGGGAUGAACUGGCCGCAAUCCCUCGGCAUGGGUAAUUAGCACUAAUGCUGUGGAGAAGCAUCCAGACUGACGAGUAAGAUGUGGUACCUCAGGGGAAAAUGAGGAGUGAGGGUUAAUCUUAAACCCGAGUUGCACUGACGUAGGUAGAACCAAUUUGGUGAACGAGAGCUCGAGUCCUGCAUGGAUAUGUUUUACUGUUUCAAAACUAUUCUAUGGUUGUGAUUUGCCCUUGUAAACUUCCUGGUGCAAGCCAAAGCCAUGUAAGCUAAGUUUAAGUUGAGGUUAAGUUUUAACUUAACAUGUUUUUGCUGGCUUAAUUGAAUCAGUUUAGAAGUUCAGUGCUGGGGAGGGGUGCAGGAACCGUGCCCGAACCUGCAGGAGAGGGGCUGGCUGGGCUGUCACUUCAAUCCCAAACUGGUCCCUGGCACAGCCCCUGGAGAGCUUUGGGCUGCCCUCCUCCUGCCUGGAGAGACCUAUUUCACAGCUCUUCAUUGCCUUUGGCUUGGGGUGGUUUUCCAUGACUGACCCCUAGGCCAGCUUCCACGUGUGUGUGUGGUUUUUAACAGUUAGCUGCUUCCUCAUGAUGGACUGAUAGAAGAAGUGCAAGGGGAGAAGUCAUUCUGUCUGACCAAUAUGUUUUAUCUUUCAUAAAGCUUUGGUUCUGGUUUUUUUUUUUCCUUCCUCUGCCCUUCUGGGAAGCUGGCUCCCUUCUUUCAUUCCUGGAAGUGCAAGAAGUGUGAUGGAUACGUAGUUUGGGCGAGAGCUCAGCUGAAACCUGUCAAAUAAAUAAUAGUUUCUGUAGCACAAAUGAUUUUGUGGGUUGCUCCAGCCCUGAGUCUUCUGUUGUGGCUGAAUAGAAGGAGCUUCCCCCGUCACUGUCCUCUUCCCUCCAUGCGGUGACCUGCUUCCCUGUCUCAUUUCGUACACCCGUGGCUUGUUCUGACUUUGACUCUCCUUAUCUUCCCUCAUUAUCUCAGGACAGCUUUGUUCUUUCUUCAUCUCCCUGCUGCAAGUAGCAGAUAAGUUUGUCUUGUGCCCGCAUGGGUCGAGCCCUUUUCCUGCAGCCCAUCUCCGUGCUUCCCCUCUCUGCGCUGCCUCUGGCACGGCUGCCUCCGUGCUGCGCCUUGACCAUGGUAGCCACUGAGCUGCUAGAAAACGGACGCUUUCCAGCACCUGCAUUUGUAGAGGUGUUUGCUUUCUUAUGCAGAGACGACCUGCAAGCCAUCAACUCACUGGGGACCAAGCAUCAGCCCAUCCAGAUACGAGAGGGCAUCACCUCCAGUGGAGAAAGAAACUCCCUGUCCCCGCAGCCACCAUUUUGUUGGCCCACAGUCUGGAUGCAGCUCCUCCGGGCAGAUUGGAGGGUGGUCCUGUUUGUUUUUCCUAUCGCCGGAAUUCAUUUAGGAAGGUUGUACCACAGCAGAAGAUUGCGUGUGUAUUUAACUAGCAUUCAUAAUGCAAAUGAGGGCACUUAGGCUGUUGGACAGUAGCCAUGUUGGGAGUUUAAUUUUUGUUUCUGAAAAGGGAUGUUGUCCUACUUCCCUGGGUAGUCAUUAAUGCUGUGCUGAAGUGGGUGCUGGAGUGUAGCAAAUGCAACCGUGAGUGUUUACAUCUUCACCAGGGUUAGGUGACAUUUAAAUGGAGCCUCUUCCCUAAUAACUCAAGAGCAAGACUGGAGUCACCAUCCAGCCUUUACCAGAGAUAGAUGCCACCUUUGAAUUUCCCACCUAGGACUUGUUAGCGCUCCCAGUGAGUGGUAGGUAGGGGUGAAGGUGGACUCUUGUCUCAGCAGAUCCCCGUUGUAUCCCAGAAGUUGCCACACAAGAAGGGGGCAUCAUCUGUUGGGUGGUGGCCGGGGCUGAUGGCAGGGGAGUUGAGGAGUCAGGAGGUGUUGGCCCAGUGCUAUGGAGCGCCCAGGCAGAGGUUGGGCUGGAGGUGAAGGCUCCUGCUGUGUGAGAGCAUGGUGCAAUGGGCUGGGCUGCUGACCAUCAGCCGGGCUGGGUAGCUGGGGACAGCUAAAGAAUCAGCACAGAGCCUCAAGAACGACUUCUGCCUUCUGUUGUUAUGACAGUGAUUCUUGGCAAAGAAGAGGUGACUGUUGUCUUCGUGAGGAGGAUCCCUGGACCUAAGUUUCUUCCCUACGAUGCUCCAAAGGGAAUAUAUGAUCAAAGGGGGAGGCUGCCUCUGUAUCCCAGCCUCCAGCUCCUGCCAGGCUCUGGAGCUCUGACUUCAGUGAAAAGCGAUGUGUGGUGCAUAGCAAAACAGUCUUGAUGCAAAGGACGUGGUAGGACACACUCAGCUGUCAUGGAAAAACCCCAGCUGGCCCUCCAUGUAUUUUGGGUCCAAUCCACCAGGAAAGGCCCCACAGAAGUGCCUUUUACCUCUGUUUUGUGUCCUUGGCCACCUUGGCAGUGGAGGAAGAGCAAUUCCAGCAUUUUGUGGUCUGCUGUCCCUCUCUCGAUGCUGAGGAGCAGCCACAGGAGGAACAGCGGGUGCUCUUGGUGCAGAGAGGGGCUGGGGGGGGGGCUCUGACUCCUCUCCCCUUCUGUCGGCUCUGCAGAGCAGCUCCUUCCCCUCCCACCCUGCAGCCUUUCCUGCUCUCAGCCCCUGCUUCCAUGCCCCUGUCCAGAGGGGAAGGUUCCUCUCGCAUUCCCUGGCCGGGUUGCUGUCAGAGAGGGAUGAGCACGUAGUAUCGAUGAGCCACCACAGUGCAAAAAAAAAACCAACUUAAUGCUCCUUCUGACCCCUCUUUU